AGCUAAGAGCUUUACCAUUACACUCUUCACCUUCUUCUCUUAAUUUCUCUCUUUCCCAUUUUCAAAUCACUGCUAAAAGCUCAGUCUUUUCUCCUAUUUCUAUCACAAUGUUCUCAUUGAACGGAAGCAGUUGUACGAACAAUUCGGUAUCUGGGGUUUCAAGAUGUUUGACUCAGUCUCGGAAAAGGAUGUCAGUUCCAAUGGUGGCGGUGGCGUCUGUGAGCUCAAAUGUCAAGCCCGGAGAGCGGCAUGCAAGUGUUUUAAUGGAGAAUACUUUGAAGGAGAUGAAGGAAAGUGCUCCAGUUAUUGAGAAAGAUUCAAAAUCGGCGGUCAGUGGAGGAGUCGGCGACGUCUACGGCGAGGAUAGUGCCACUGAAGAUCAAACUAUUACCCCUUGGACUCACUCUGUUGCUAGCGGAUACUCAUUGUUGCGUGAUCCAAACUACAACAAAGGGCUUGCAUUCAGUGAGAAAGAAAGGGAUUCCCACUAUUUGCGUGGUCUUCUUCCUCCUGUAGUUGUUGAUCAGGAGCUUCAGGUUGAGAAAUUGAUGAAAAAUCUGCGUCAGUAUGAUGUACCACUGCAAAGGUACAUAGCUAUGAUGGAUCUUCAGGAGAGAAAUGAAAGGCUAUUCUACAAGCUUCUCAUGGAAAACGUAGAAGAGCUGCUCCCGGUAGUUUAUACACCAACAGUAGGCGAAGCAUGCCAGAAGUAUGGUAGCAUCUUCAGACGUCCUCAAGGUCUUUUUAUCAGCUUGAAAGAAAAAGGUAAAAUUCUUGAGGUAUUAAAGAAUUGGCCUGAGAAGAAAAUUCAAGUAAUCGUUGUAACUGAUGGAGAACGAAUAUUAGGCCUUGGGGACCUAGGUUGCCAGGGAAUGGGAAUACCUGUGGGGAAACUCUCUUUAUACACCGCUCUUGGAGGCGUUCGGCCGUCAGCUUGCUUGCCGAUAACCAUUGAUGUGGGCACAAACAAUGAGAAAUUGUUGAAAGAUGAAUUUUACAUUGGGCUCAGGCAAAGAAGAGCUAGAGGACAGGAAUAUGCUGAACUCCUGGAUGAAUUUAUGUCUGCUGUCAAGCAGAAUUACGGCGAGAAAGUGCUCAUUCAAUUUGAAGACUUCGCGAAUCAUAACGCAUUUGACCUUCUUGCAAAGUACGGAACUAGCCACCUUGUUUUCAAUGAUGACAUUCAGGGGACAGCAUCUGUGGUCCUUGCAGGGCUCAUGUCAGCACUAAACUUGGUGGGAGGAACCUUAGCAGAGAAUACAUUUUUAUUCCUGGGAGCUGGAGAGGCUGGUAGUGGGAUAGCAGAACUCAUAGCUCUUGAGAUGUCAAAGCAGACUGGAGCCCCUCCAGAAGAGACGCGUAAGAAAAUUUGGAUGGUGGAUUCUAAGGGGUUGAUUGUUAGAGUAACUUACUGUUCUAAAUGUUUUGCAAUGCAGAAACCAAUUAUUUUUGCUCUCUCCAACCCAACAUCACAGUCUGAAUGUACUGCUGAAGAGGCUUAUACAUGGAGUAAUGGCCGAGCCAUUUUUGCUAGCGGGAGUCCAUUUGCUCCUGUUGAGUACAAGGGGAAAGUCUUCGUGUCUGGCCAGGCAAAUAAUGCAUAUAUCUUUCCUGGGCUUGGUCUGGGACUGCUAAUUUCCGGUGCAAUUCGCGUUCAUGACGACAUACUCCUGGCAGCCUCGGAAGCAUUAGCAGCAGAAGUUAGUCAAGAGAACUUUGAGAAGGGACUAAUAUACCCACCAUUUUCGAACAUAAGAAAGAUUUCAGCUCACAUUGCUGCCAAGGUGGCAGCCAAAGCAUAUGAACUAGGUUUGGCCACUCGUCUACCGCAACCUGAGAACCUAGUGGCAUAUGCUGAGAGUUGCAUGUACAGUCCAAGUUACCGUAGCUAUCGCUAGUCAAUUAUUGUUAUUUUGAAGAUUAAUUAGUCAUCGAGAUGUUCUUUUUUCUCUUUUGAAUUUCUCAGUUCAAUCCUAUGUAGGGAGCAGAAGUUUAUAGCAUGCCUUGUUACUUUUGUUAGAUGGGAAUGUAAAUAUUCCAUGGUGAUCAUCAUAUUAUAUAAGUCGAAAGUCAAUGCUAUAUAUGAUCAUCAUAUAUAGCAUGCCUUGUUAUCUUCA